UUCAGGAAUUCUGGAUGGGAGCAAAGAUUAGCAGUGAAACAUUAAUUGAAGAGAAUGCGUAUUUACGACGUUUCGUUGGUUUGCAACCGAUCACUAAUAAUGACCCAUUCUGGAAUCACUUCCUUUCCUUCAAUUUCCUCAUCGAUUCCAAUGACAGAAAGGAAGUGGAGCAAUUUGAUAUUUCUUUGUCGGAUAGUCUCCAGACGCUGAUGUAUAAUACACCAACAACAUGUAAUUUCGCGUCAUUUAUUGAUGUCUUUCUCAGACGGACAGCAGAACUAAAAGCUUCAGAAAUCUGCAACAACACAAUUUUUCUUUGGCAGACAGGAAAUGCAUUAAUCAUUCUUCGGCAUAUUUGCAAGUUUUUGGUUCAAAGACUUAGUGGAGCUGAAUUCAUCAAUGUUUUUCAUAUGAAUAAAACUUACUUGGAGAAGAAGGAUGCUUAUGAUUCUGAUUUUGAAGAAGAAUUUGAUGGUUUAUGUGAAGACAAAGCGGAAAAGUUUUUGAGCGCUCUGGUGGAUAUUUUGGUUGAUUUACCUUCCAAUGAUUCCACAGAAAUGAUUCACGUCGAAGCUGUAAAAUGUUUAAUUGCCUUGCUCAGUUCGCAGCUUUAUGACGAUGACGUCAUGAAAUCAAAUAUUUUCUACGGAUAUCUGAUACAAGGCAAAUGCUCAAUGAGGUCUGUGGAGCUCACUCGAGUCUUAAUAUCAAAUUAUCUGCAGUGGAACACUCCAUGCGUCUUUAAACAUGAGAAAGAACCGGAAAGUAUUGUUCUGGGCCUUGCAGCAUCUGUUUGGUCAGCAGUACAAAUUGUUACGGGUAUGGACGAUUCAAAUUCAGUUGGCAGUGAUAGCGAAAUUGCACCACCAGUCUCUCUUGGGUCGUUAUCUGUACUUUUUCUACUUAACUUAGCAUGCCAUCAAGAUCCAGGAGCAAAGCUAAAUCCUUAUAAGGAAUCGCUUUCGAAAUUUCAAAAUUCACAAGAAGUUUCGUCGCUGAACAAUAGUGAAGCUGGUACAUUCAAGUUGGAUUAUAGUUUGUUAUACGAACGCUUAUGCGCUACAGUAAAUCAACAGUCGCCCAUGUUAUUUCUGUAUAUAUUAUUGCAUAGGAACAUUGGCUUUCGAAAUUAUGUUCUUUCAAGAAUCAAUUUAGAAAAAUUGGUACUUCCGGUACUGAUUGUCCUUAAUGAUGGAGCCCAGAGCAGUGGUAUAAUUAAUUCAUAUAAUGCGCAUCAUGUAUAUUUAGCACUUAUUGUUAUUCUGAUUCUUAGCGAAGACGACUUUUUCUGUAAAGUUGCCCAUGAAACGAUGAUAAAGGAUACAACAUGGUUCAAUAGUGAACGUCCAUUAGGAGAGAUUUCAUUGGGUGGUUUGAUUAUCUUGGUUUUUGUCCGUAUUAUACAGCUCAACACUUUAAAAACAAAGGAUCGUUAUCUGCAUACAAAUUGUCUUGCAGCUUUAGCUAAUAUGUCGUCUUAUUUCAAAAAUCUCACUUCUGUUGUUUGUCAAAAACUGAUUGGAUUGCUUGAGGUUUUUACUCGACGACGUGCAAAACUGAUUGAAAAUAUGCGCGUCAGGGCUGAAUAUGAUAUUGUACAAGGAAAAGAGUCGCAUAAUUAUCAUAAGGACAUAACGGCUCUUGAAGAAGGUAUACGCACUUUGCUCGAAAUUUGCAACAGUUGCCUUACUUCAAAUCUUCGUUCAAAUCCACACUUCAUUUAUACCAUACUUUAUAAACGUGAUGUGUUUGAUGCUUUUCAAAAUCAUCCGAUGUUCCAAGAUCUGAUUUGGAAUAUUUGUACGGUUAUCAGUCACUUUGCAUCACGAGUACAACUUUUGGAAAGGGGAUCAUCGGUGAGCGCUGUUCUUGCUACAAUCAAGAAAGGAGCACUCCACUGGCCUACGGAUAGGCUGAAAAAGUUUCCUGAAUUGAAAUUCAAAUAUGUGGAAGAUGACAAUACCGUGGAAUUUUUUGUUCCAUAUGUUUGGCGAUUAACAUUCCAGUUCUCAACAUUGUACUGGGAUGCAACACGUAUACGUCUUUUUAAUACUUCUUUCCUUGCGUAAUGUCACCAGUUUUUUAUCACUUGUAAAUCAAUUUUUUAUAAGCGCAACUAGAUUUUCCUUAAGAAAUGCGAAGAUUGCUUGUGAAAUUAUCGGCACAAACAGUUCGCUUGAAAAGCUUGCGUUUUUUUGUUGAUAUAGUGACCUAUUUUCUAACUUCAUUUGCUAUCUAAAAUAUCAUUUUUAGUUUUUGUUACGCAACAAACAAACUACUUAUU